UUUUGCUCUCCAUCUUUUUCACUCUUCCCCCAUCUAGUAACCUAGCUUAUCAUCCACUCUCACUGUUGCUCUCUCCUCACCUCCCAUCAUCAUCAUCACCACCACCAUGACUGAUCAUCCCUACACUAAUUACUUCCAUGGAUUCUUCAACCAUCCCAACCCUGCAAAUCACCAUUUCCCUUCAUCUUCUUCAUCUUCUUCCACUAACUAUACCUUCCACUCAUUCUACAACUUCCCACCUUACCCACAGUUCCACCCAUACCUGCAACCAUCCUCUCCCUCUUCUCCCCCUCUCAGAGAAGCCCUCCCUCUCCUCAGUCUAAGCCCAAGCAGGGCUGAGAAUAAUAACAACAAUGAUUCUGAGGGUGAUGAAGAUGUGAGUGUGGACUUGAACUUAGGGCUGCCUAACCAUAGCCCUGCUGAUCUGCAGAUUUCUGGUUCUGGGCUUUCUUCUUCAUCACACAAUGAAGAAGAUAAUAACAACAAGAUGGAGGAUCAUAGCCAAGAAGGAGUCACACUGCAUAAGGGUCAGUAUUGGAUCCCCACCCCUUCCCAGAUUCUGAUUGGCCCCACACAGUUCUCUUGCCCUCUUUGCUUCAAGACUUUUAACAGAUACAACAACAUGCAGAUGCACAUGUGGGGGCAUGGGUCGCAGUACAGAAAGGGACCGGAAUCGCUCCGGGGAACGCAGCCGACGGCGAUGUUGAGGCUGCCGUGUUUCUGCUGCGCGGCGGGCUGCCGGAACAACAUCGACCACCCACGGCCGAAGCCGCUGAAGGAUUUCCGGACGCUGCAGACGCACUACAAGCGGAAGCACGGGAUCAAGCCGUUCAUGUGCCGGAAGUGCGGGAAGGCGUUCGCCGUGCGCGGCGACUGGCGGACGCACGAGAAGAACUGCGGCAAGCUCUGGUACUGCUCCUGCGGCUCCGACUUCAAGCACAAGCGCUCCCUCAAGGAUCAUAUAAGGGCGUUUGGGGAUGGCCACACCGCCUGCGGGAUCGACUGCUUUGAUGAGGAAGAUGAAGCGGCUUCUGAAAUCGAGCAAGAUACCUAGCUAACGGCUAAUAAUAACUAUAUUAUUAACCGCUUUAUAAAAGUUCAUUGGGAUAUAUAUCUCUAAUAUUCAUCCGUUUACUUAUAUAUUUUAAUGAAACUUCUAUUUGUAUUUUAUAUAUUUA